CGAGAGACAGGGCCGAGUGAGCCGCCGCUCGGGUGCCCGUCCGCCGGCAGCACCAUGGCCACUUCAACCGAGCGCCGCGCGUUCGCUCAGAAGAUUAACCGGACUGUGGCAGCUGAAGUCAGGAAGCAAGUAUCCGGCCAAUAUAGCAGCUCGCCGCAGCUGUCCAAGAAACGCAGUGGCUCCCAUCAGUUGGUACCUCUUUCUGAAGUGGUGGAGCCUGUGGAUUUUGAGGAAUACCUGACAUCACAUCCCCUUGCUCCAGAACCAGGCCCACUCCGAGAGCUGCUUGAGUUUCCCGCAGACGAUAAUGAAGUAGCGUACGAGCCACGAGAAUGUCGCACCAUCGAACCCGCAGUCCCAGAGGAAGUGGGAGCGGACCCUCGAGUAAGAGAUGCUGUGCAGAUCUACACCGAAGACUGGGUCAUUGUUCACAGAAAGCAUCAAAAGCUGAGCACUGCAUUUAGCGUCAGCACGAUGGAUAAGCAGCGUGAGAGACAAAGGGGCCUGCCCAAGCAGAUCUUUGAGACUGAUGAAGUUGUCGAUGAACGAGGUGCCCAAGAUGAUCAGGAUGAGUUGAAGCGGCGAUCGGUGUCUCUGGAUGACACACCGAGGGGGAGUUGGGCCUCCAGUAUCUUUGACCUGAAGAACUCCACCGCCGACUCGCUGCUGCCCAGCCUUCUGGAUCGUACGGCCAUUGACGAAGUGGACAAGCGCAAUGGGGAGCAGAGGAAAGAAAACCGACACGGGGAAGUGCUGGCACUCUUCCCUCCUCCAGAUGAGGAUGAAGCUGUAGAACGAUCCUCUAUUCCUGAAGUCCCGAAAGAACAUUUUGGGCAAAGAAUUCUUGUAAAGUGUCUGUCGUUGAAGUUUGAAAUUGAAAUUGAGCCGAUAUUUGGAGUUCUGGCCUUGUAUGAUGUGAAGGAAAAGAAGAAGAUUUCUGAGAACUUCUACUUUGAUUUGAAUUCUGACCAAAUAAAAGGUCUUCUCCGCCCUCAUAAUCCCCAUGCUGCUAUCUCCACAUUGGCCAGGUCCACCAUCUUCUCCAUAACGUAUCCUUCUCCUGACAUAUUCCUCGUAAUUAAGCUUGAAAAGGUUCUGCAGCAGGGUGACAUUGGGGAAUGUGCUGAACCCUACAUGGUUAUGAAGGAAUCUGAUUCCACGAAGCACAAGGAGAAGGUGGAGAAAUUGAAGAAUCAAGCAGAACAUUUCUGCAACAAAUUGGGCAAAUUCCGAAUGCCCUUUGCCUGGACCGCAAUCCACCUCAUGAACAUAGUGAACAGUGCCGGGAGCCUGGAACGUGACUCCUCUGAUUCAGAAAAUGAGCGAAAGGGCACGUGGACAGACCGCAAAAAGAGAACAUUGGAACGGAUGAACCUUGGGGACGAUGCCUGUAACUACACCAACUUUCGGCCAGCUACCUUGACGGUCACAAAUUUUUUUAAACAGGAAGGGGACCGUUUAAGCGAUGAAGACUUGUACAAAUUUCUGGCAGACAUGAGAAGACCCUCCUCAGUUCUGAGGAGAUUACGCCCAGUGACAGCUCAACUCAAGAUUGAUAUAUCUCCUGCUCCUGAAAGUCCACACUACUGCCUCUCCCCCGAGCUACUACAUGUCAAACCGUACCCAGAUCCUCGAGUGCGCCCAACUAAAGAAAUCCUGGAGUUUCCAGCGAGGGAGGUCUAUGUACCAUACACUGCAUACAGGAACCUGGUCUAUGUCUACCCACAGAGUUUGAACUUCAGCAGCCGCCAAGGCUCUGUGCGGAACAUAACAGUGAAGAUCCAGUUCAUGGCAGGAGAGGAUCCCAACAGCGCCAUGCCGGUUAUCUUUGGGAAGUCCAGCUGUGCUGAAUUUUCAAGAGAAGCAUAUUCUGCUGUGGUGUACCAUAACAAAUCUCCAGAGUUUUACGAGGAAAUUAAAAUGAAAAUCCCAGCGAACCUGACAGAUAAUCAUCACAUGCUCUUCACCUUUUACCACAUCAGCUGCCAGCAGAAACCCAGUUCAUCGCUGGAAACACCAGUGGGCUACACGUGGAUCCCUUUAAUGCAACACGGCCGCCUCCGAACGGGACAAUUCAGCCUUCCCGUGUCCGUGGACAAGCCACCGCCCAGUUACUCCGUCCUCACUCCUGAUGUCCAGUUGCCAGGUAUGAAGUGGGUCGACAACCACAAAGGAGUUUUUAAUGUGGAAGUACUGGCAGCAUCAUCAGUCCAUACCCAGGACCAAUUUCUGGAUAAGUUUUUUACUCUAGUGCACGUUCUGGAAGAAUAUUCUUUCCCGUUUCGACUGAAGGAUGUGAUCAUCACAGAGAAUAAUGUGGAGACAGAACUGAAGGCCAGUAUAAACAACCUGCGGUCAGCAAAGAUGGAACCACUUCUUCGAUUUGUCCACCAUGUCCUCAACAAACUCAUCCUCCUAAUUGUGCGGCCUCCAGUUAUCAGCGGCCAAAUAGUAAAUCUGGGUCGAGCUGCUUUUGAAGCAAUGGCUCAGCUCGUCAAUCAGAUCCAUAAAAACUUAGAAGGAAAUCAAGAUCAACAUGGACACAACAACCUGCUGGCAUCCUAUAUAUAUUAUAUGUUUCACCUUCCAGACAGUGACCACCAUCCGCAGUUCCCCGGAUUAAGCAGCCCGUUAUACGCAGGCCCCAUUCAAUAUGCCACCUUGUCUCGUGCUACUGCCAGGCCUACCAGCCUAAACCUGUCUCGUUCAAAGAGCAUCAGCAACAGCAAUCCAGAUCUUGCCACCACGCCAACAACGCCAGAUGAUGAGGUGAAAAAAAUCAUGGGUUGCAAAGGAAUCGAUCGUUCACACUCCUGGGUUAAUUCUGCUUACGCUCCCGGUGGGCCAAAGGCUGUCUUGCGGAGAAACCAUCCCAAUUCAAGCUGUGAUCUAAAGCAGGCAACUGAGCGGAGUCCCAACCGCAUGUCCUCAUUUUUGGACGGCUUCACUCAUUCACAGCACAGUCAGCCAAGAUUUUCAACAAAAAAGCUUCUCCAUGAGGAGUUGGCCUUGCAGUGGGUGGUCAGCAGCAGCAGUGUGCGGGAGGCAGCCAUGCAGCAGGCAUGGUUUUUCUUUCAGCUAAUGGUGAAAAGUAUGGGGCAUCAUCUCCAUCUGUCAGACAAGCUUGAAACCCCUCGGAAACUGAGAUUCCCAGAGAGAUUUGUGGAUGAUAUAACCGCUUUAGCCAACAUGAUCACAACGGACAUUGUCAGCAGGUUCCAGAAGGAUGUUGAGUUGGUGGAGCGGCUGAAUAUCAGCUUGGCAUUCUUUCUCAACGAUCUACUCUCCCUGAUGGAUCGAGGAUAUAUUUUCGGUCUCAUUCGCAUGUACUACAAACAGGUCAGCAAUAAAUUGCAGGCAGCACAGAACCCUCAUGCCCUUAUUUCUCUGCGACUGGACUUCAUUCGCAUCAUCUGCAGCCACGAGCACUACAUCACGCUGAACCUCCCGUGCAGCACACUAUCUCCCCCUGCCUCUCCAUCCCCAUCCGUCUCCUCGGCUACCUCCCAGAGUUCGGGCUUUUCCACUCUCGUCCAAGAUCAGAAGAUAGCCAACAUGUUUGAGAUGUCGGUGCCUUUUCGACAGCAGCACUUUCUAGUGGGGCUGCUAUUGACUGAGCUGGCCUUGAUCCUGGAACCAGAUGUCGAAGGUUUGUUCUUUCUGCAUAAAAAGGCGAUUGGCGCAAUCCAUAACCUGCUGUGCAGUCAUGAUGCAGACUCGCGCUACACUGAUAGUGAGGUCAAAGCUCACGUUGCCAAGCUGUAUUUACCACUAAUUGGCAUCGUGAUGGACACCCUGCCUCAGCUGUACGACUUCACAGAAAACGGCAACCCAAAGGGACGCCUGGCUGCGUCAGUGAUGGAUGAGGUGGACAAUGAGAACAGCAACAUGAUCAGUCAGACCAUCGCCAUGGCAAUAGCAGGAUCGCCUGUGCCCCAUCCAAACAGGAACGCCCCGUUCCAGCUCCCUGUUGUGCCUAGCCGGCAGUACUCAACAUUGUCAGCUGAAUCCAGUCGCAUCCUUCUCAUCUGUUUCCUCUGGGUCUUGAAGAAUGCAGACGAGGAGAUCCUGCAGAAGUGGUUCACAGAUCUCUCAGUGUUCCAACUAAACCGCCUGCUCGAUCUAUUGUACCUCUGCAUAUCCUGCUUUGAAUACAAGGGUAAGAAAGCUUUUGAACGGAUUAAUAGCCUAACAUUUAAGAAAUCCCAAGACAUGAAAGCCCGGUUAGAAGAGGCCAUUCUCGGCACUGUAAGUGCUCGCCAGGAGAUGGUACGACGUAGUCGAGAGAGGAGUCCUUUUGGAAACCAAGAAAAUGUUCGCUGGAGGAAGAACAUUACCCACUGGAGGCAGAAUGCUGAUAAGGUUGACAAGACAAAGUCUGAAAUUGAACAUGAUGCCUUGGUGGACGGGAACUUGGUAACUGAGUCUAACCUGGUGAUUUUGGACAUACUUGAAAUCAUUGUGCAGACAGUCAUGGUGUCGGAAUCUAAAGAAAGUGUGCUGACGGGAGUGUUGAAGGUCAUUUUGCACAGCAUGGCUUGUAACCAGAGUGCCCUCUUCCUGCAACACUGCUUUGCCACCCAACGGGCACUUGUCUUCAAGUUUCCCGAAAUGCUGUUUGAGGAGGACACUGAGCUCUGUGCUGACCUGUGUUUGCGGCUACUUCGACACUGCAGUAGCUGUGUGGGCACCAUCCGGUCUCAUGCCAGCGCUUCCCUCUACCUCCUGAUGAGGCAGAACUUUGAGAUUGGCAAUAACUUUGCCCGAGUGAAAAUGCAAGUCACAAUGUCACUGUCUUCGCUGGUGGGAACUUCCCAAAACUUUAAUGAAGAGUACCUUCGACGCUCUCUGAAAACCAUUCUGACAUACGCAGAGGAAGACCUGGAACUGCGAGAAACCACCUUUCCUGAACAGGUUCAAGACCUGGUGUUCAAUCUGCACAUGAUCCUCACAGACACAGUGAAGAUGAAGGAACACCAGGAGGAUCCUGAGAUGUUGAUGGAUCUAAUGUACAGAAUUGCCAAGGGCUACCAGACAUCGCCAGAUUUGCGUCUGACGUGGUUGCAGAACAUGGCAGGCAAGCACUCGGAGCGGACGAACCAUGCGGAGGCAGCGCAGUGCCUGGUACACUCCGCAGCAUUGGUGGCUGAAUACCUCAACAUGCUGGAAGACUGUCGGUACUUGCCUGUGGGUUGUGUCACUUUUCAGAAUAUAUCAUCAAACGUCCUUGAAGAAUCGGCUGUAUCGGAUGACGUUCUUUCUCCAGAUGAAGAAGGAAUUUGUGCUGGGAAAUAUUUCACAGAAGCUGGCCUGGUAGGAUUGCUAGAACAAGCAGCAGCAUCCUUUACGAUGGCUGGGAUGUACGAAGCUGUGAAUGAAGUUUACAAGAUCCUGAUUCCAAUUCAUGAAGCCAACCGGGAUAGUAAGAAACUGGCAACAAUCCACGGGAAACUACAGGAUGCUUUCAACAAAAUCUCUAAUCAGAGCUCUGGCUGGGAGAGGAUGUUUGGGACUUAUUUCCGGGUGGGUUUCUACGGUUGUAAGUUUGGAGACCUGGAUGAGCAAGAGUUUGUCUAUAAGGAGCCCUCAAUCACCAAACUGGCGGAGAUUUCAUACCGACUUGAGGAGUUCUACCGAGACCGGUUUGGGGAAGAGGCUGCUGAGAUUAUCAAAGAUUCCAAUCCAGUCGACAAAGGCAAACUGGACCCAAACAAGGCAUAUAUCCAGAUCACGUAUGUUGAACCGUUCUUCGACACCUACGAAUUGAAAGACCGCAUCACUUACUUUGACAAGAACUAUAACUUGCGCUGCUUUAUGUACUGCACGCCCUUCACGUUAGACGGCCGUGCUCACGGUGACCUGCACGAGCAGUACAAGCGGAAGACCAUCCUCACCACCUCGCACGCCUUCCCCUACAUCAAAACCAGGAUCAACGUCAUUCACAAGGAGGAGAUUAUAUUAAUUCCAAUUGAAGUCGCGAUCGAGGACUUGCAAAAGAAGACUCAGGAGUUAGCUUUUGCCACACACCAGGAUCCAGCUGAUGCCAAGAUGUUGCAGAUGGUAUUACAAGGAAGUGUGGGAACCACCGUUAACCAGGGGCCUUUGGAAGUGGCCCAGGUUUUCCUGGCAGACAUUCCCGAUGACCCCAAACUCUUCCGACAUCACAACAAGCUCCGUCUCUGCUUCAAAGACUUCAUGAAGCGAUGUGAUGAUGCCUUACGUAAGAACAAGACUCUGAUCGGAGCUGACCAGAAAGAAUAUCACAGGGAGCUGGAACGUAACUACCACAGACUGAAGGAAUCUUUGCAACCCAUGAUCAGCAUGAAGAUCCCCCAGCUCUACAAGACCCUUGUGCCCAGUACAAGUCACCGAAAUUCUUUCAGCAGAUCGAGCUUGCGUAAAGUGGAAAUCUGAAGAUCCGGUGGGUGCAGUGGUUUUAUUUUUGUUUUGACUCUCAAGUAUGAAGGACCUGGAAUGGAGGAAGAGUGAGGAAAGAUCAAGGUUCAGGGACGGAGCGUUUGCUCUUUUUAAAGCCCCCUCCUCAGGACCACUUCGACGUAGGGCAGUUGUCGACUGCAUCUUCACCUCCACCAUCCCGUCACAGCGGACCAAUGUCAAAGUUAGAAACAUUGCUCCACGAGAGUCUGGCUGAGUUAUUUUCAUGUGGUCCUGAACAUCAUUCUACUUGUUGAACGAUUAAUUUGACCUUUUUAUCAGUCCAAACAUUUAAAGCAAUAUUAUCAACAAUGUGUUUGUGUCUGCACCUCGAUACUGAAAUGGGCUGUUGUUUAAUUUGAGGAGCUUUCCUUGGCCAAUGCACUUGUGCCCUGUACAGUACGUAUUACCUGGUGUACUCUAAAUGACACUAAAAGCCACCUGCAGCAGCUAAGCGUCGACUUGCUACGAGGUGUGAAGAGGUGGUGAGCUCGAUCUUUCAAAAUUUACUUUUGUUUUCAUGUCGUGAAUGUAUCUUGAAAUUCAGGAAGGAUGCACUUUGGCACUGGUUUAAGUUUCUUGCUGCCAACUUAACACAUACUCAGUCAAUACCAUCGCACUAACAAAAAUCAAAUACUUCAAUAUCAAAUAACUUGGGGGAAAAAAAAUUGGACCACUCUGGUGCCUCUCAAUCUAAGUCAUCCAAUAUCUGUUUUAUAAUUUAUUACCAGUUCCCGUUGUGCACAUAUUUUAUGUACUAAUGACCUUUUAAGAAAGACUAAAAAAUCACCCUAUCAUUCCAAGCGUUAACUCCUUUUCAUUAAGUAUGUGUUGGAGUGGUUUAAAGAAUGACAUCACUACAGUUAUCUUCUAAUGAAAGGUGCCGUUUAGUUUCUGCUCAGUUCUUACACUGUUUUCCUUCUUUGGAGUUAUUUUUUUGAUGAUAUAAUUUAAUCUUUGAGAUGAUUAGCACCAAGUGGCACUAGAGAGUGUCUGACAGGUCAGUCCUUCACUUUGCAACUCAAAAGGCACAUGAAUCCAAUAGCUCUCCUUUUUAAAGAUCUACCUGUUGGAAGGUGUUUGACAGUGUCGUCACCUGCUGAGGGGACAUUUUGGCCAAGCCAAGCAGCCAUUGCAUUUAAAUGGAAAGUCAAGAGUGUUUUAUUGUCAUUUGUCCCAGGUAGAAGAAUGAAAGGUUACUCCUGAAGGAAGAAGGAGAAUGUAUGGAGCUGCAACCCAUAUCUUGAGAGUUGGCUGGUGGUCAUCUUUGCUUCGAUCUAACUUGUCGUUAAGAAAGGGAACGGCCAAAUGCAGUGUUAGAGGACUGAUCAGCAUUAGUGAUGUAAAGUUAAUGCUGUUUCAGGUUUUUAAAGAAUGUUUUUUAUCAAAAACAUGAUGGUCUUACAGUAACUGUUAUUUAAUGCUCAUGCCUGUUAUUGGGGGCUUGGCUGACAAAAUAAGCACUCUAAAUAAAAUAUAACAAC